AUGGAGGGGAGUGCGGCAACUGCAGCAGCGACUUCGGCUGUCGAAGAAGCAGCGCAGACAGAGGCCUCAGCUUCUCUGGCGCAUUCAAUGGAUUCUCUUUCUCUGAGGGCGGCCCCCUCCGUGCUGGCUGCGCCACCGAGCCGCCCCUCGGAGGGCACCUCCUCGGGCUGCUGUGAUAGCGGCAGCCUCAACGAAUCGGAUGGCGGAGAAUUCAAGGAAGCCCUUCUUCACAGAUCUGCGUCGGGAGCAGCGGAGGUGCAAGCCGUGAGGCCUCGAAGUACGCGGUCGCGUAGCGACUGCCCAGAGCCUGUGGCUGCGCUGCAGCAGAGGCUUUCUAGCAGUGCCACUCCCGAGCGCCUCCAGGCAGCCGCUGCUGCCACUGCUACUGCCGCUGCCACUUCCGCGCGCGAGGGGGAGGAGGAGCACCAGCAGCGCUCUUACGGCCUUGGAGGAUUCCUCAGGAGGCCUGAUAGGAGGCUGAAAACGGAGCCCCCUAGGCCUCAAGGCGGCGCGAGUCUCCUGCAGCGCUUCAUUCGCUCCUUCAGCAGGAGCAGCAACGAAAUCCGUGCGCCCCAGCCUGCUGCUGCUGGCGCCGUCCCCUCGGCCUUGCUCCAGCAGGGGCAGCCGCCACACGAAAAGCAGAGAAGGCCUCAUGCUGCCGAGACGAGCAUCCACAGCGGAAGCAGUGCGCGUUCGGGCACAGGCGGGAUGAGGGGGCAGCAUCGCAGGGCAGCUGGUUCUUCCCGGGGGGCCCCCCAGUCACAAGGCCAGGGAGUUUCCGCGGCGUCUCUUGGAGUGACAGUUGCGGCCAUGCGCGUAUCGGAUAUGGGGGGGAUUCAUAUUGAGACAGGCAGCGGUGCCUCAGACAGCAGCUCGGUGCCGCUGGUAGGAGGCGGCAUCCGGGGGGGCCCCCCUGGAGAUUCGCAGUGGGCCUCGGCCGUGUGCGGCGGCAGGGGGCCCUACCAUGGGGGCCUCCCUCUCCGAGCCAAUUCGGAGGCGGGCAGCAGCAUGAGCAUGAGCAUGAGCAGCAGCAGCAGCAGCAGUAGUAGUAGCGGAGGUUCUUAUUAUUACUAUGGCGAGGUGCGCCGAUCAAAGCGUCAUGGCUGGGGUUUGUUAGCGAAUGAAGAGAGGCUGCUCUUCGAGGGGCAGUGGCAGAAUGACACAGUUCUUGGUUGGUAUAUUUGCUAUCAUGAACUUGCCACCGAAUUUGGGUUCCGCGAGCUGAACGAGGUGUGUGGCGUCUCGGUGCUUAGCGACAGCGACUUCUUCAUUGUUCCUGUGGGUGGACAGCAGCAGCAGCAGCAGCAGAAGCAGCAGCAGCAGAAGCAGCAGUACAUGCGCCAACAGCAGCAGAGCAAGCACGAACAGCAGCUGGGCUUGAGGAGGAGUCGUAAGUGCAGCACUCUGGCUGCCACAUCAUCCUCUGCUGCUGCAGCGCCAGCAAACAGCCCCGGCGGCAGCAACAGCAACACAGGCAACAACUGCAACGCCAACAGCAGCGGGAUGCCGGAGGUACGUCGCGGGAAGCAGAAGCAUUUCACGAUUCACGCAGCCUCCGCCUUCACGAUAAUGGUCACGGAUAUGGAGGCUCUCCAAGAUGAGGAUGGCGGAGGUGGAGGACUCCUCAGGUUGAAUAGCGCAGGAAGCUCCUGCCCUCCUGCUGCUUCUACGGCUCCUGCUGCUGCUUCUACGGUUUCUUCUGCUGCUGCUUCUACGGCUCCUUCUGCUGCUACGGGGGGUGCCCAUUCGCGGCAGAUGCGACAGGCUGCAGCGGCAGCAACAGCUGCAGCGGCUGCUGCGGCAGCGGCUGCUGCGGCAGCUGCACACGAAGCUGGCCUGUUGCGGGGUGCCCCGAGCACCAGUGACAGCAGUAGGUGCAGCGUGGCGAGCUGCCCAGAUGCAGGCAUGAUGCAGCAAGGCGUGGCGCAGCGGCAGCAGAUGGAUCAGGAGGAGGACGAGGGUUCAAUGAGUCAUGGAAGAGUUUCCUUCUCUGACUUGCCCAGCGACGCGGCGUCAUCAUUGAUGCAGCGUGAGGGGAGCGGCUCCGUAGAACGGGGGAAGGGGCCCCUAGAGGACCACGAGGCCAGGGGCGACGCGGCCGAGGGGCCCUCCGCUUCAGAAGCUCGAAGUUCUUUGCGCAGCACCCGUCGAACGCAGACGUGCGUCAGUGGAAAGAAAACUGCGGCCGCGGCAGCUGAAGCGGCGGCAGCAGAAGCAGCAGAAGCAGCAGCAGCAGCAGCAGCAGCAUGCGCAGAUCCAUCCGAUGCGGCAGCAGCCGAAGCAGCGGCCGCAACAGCCCGCCGUCGCUUGUAUAGGAGGGGAGCCACAUUCCCCGAGUUCACGACGCAAGAGAACUUGGCGGCCGAAGAGACACCCUUAUGUGAAGGUGUGCGUCGGGGAAGCAGCAAACGAGGCACGCUGACGCCUGGAGUUGCGGGCUCUCCUUGGGGGGGAGCCCAGCCGUAUUUGCGCGCCUCCGAUUGCCACAACCACAGAGACCCCCUUAUGCCUCAUAAUCGGCGACACCUCAAGCAGAUGAGCGAGAGAGUGCCGAUCAUCGCGUCCUCCGCAGUCUCGGUCGGGCCUUGCGUUGGCGGGGGCGGCUUUGCCGCGGUUCACAAGGCUCGGGUUAGGGGGGCCCCUCAUAUGGGGUCCGCUACGGUGGCUUGCAAGAUCUUCAGGUACAACCCGAGGCCUACUGCAGUGGCGGCAGCGCUUACUGCAAAGCCCUUGCUCUCGAGAAACCCCCAGGGGGCCCACCACGGAGGCGGCCCUAGACAGCAGGCCGCUCCCUUGAGUGGCAGCAGGUCGUCAGAGGCAAGCAGCAUCUCCUCCGUAUCACAGGAUUUCGCGGGAGGCCUCCAUGGGCCGUAUGCCGCCGGGAUCUCGCUGUGGGCUCAGAAUCAGAGUCCUCUCAUUCCGUACAGCCAGCAGACGGAACCCCCUUCCGACAUUCGGACAAAGCAAGGGGGGCCCCCCCACUUCGUCAGCGACGGAGGGCCCUGGAGCGGUGGUUCCCUCAGCGCCGAAGGCACUGGAAGGAGGCCUUCGACGCCAAGGGCGGGAGGGGGGGGCCUCUCAAGCCCCUCCGCCGAAGGGCCCCUUAAAGGGGGGCGUCGCCACGAGAAGGAGAGUCCUUCCUUGCUGAUGGCACCCAGCCCUCCGCUUCGAGGGCCUUCGAGCAUUUGCAGCACGAGCCAAAGCAGCGCGAGCGACAUGGCGUGCAGCGGGGAGUCUCGCUUGUUUCUGGAAAGCGGAGACGGCCGGUCAGAGGGCCGGGGGGAGACGGCGCACCACACGGUGUUCGGAGGCCCCAAGGCGGUCGCUUCCGAAGGGGGGCCCCCCCCAAGCGGCUCCUCGCAGUUUGCGUGGGAGUGGCAUAUUGCGCGUCUGCGGAACGUGGAUUUCUUCCGGUACUGCCCUCGGCCUGUGAAGCAUCGGGACCUGGAAGCCGAUAUUCUGAGUGUGCUGCAACCCCACUCAAAUGUGGUAUCGGUUUACGGCAAGUGUUCCUUAAGGCCUGGAGAGGAGGCCUUGCUGAUCGAGUACUGCAGUAGAGGGUCUCUGGAUGCCCUUAUUUUUCCGGGGGCGUCCCUAGGGGGGGGCCCUGGAGCCGCGCCUCUGCGAAGGGGCAAGCGGAGGGCCCCUCUCACCAGGCCGGAGAUCGUGCGGCUGUUUGAAGAAGCGGCAGCCGGCCUCGCACACGUGCAUAGCUGCAACAUCCUUCACCGAGACAUCAAACUGAGCAACAUCCUCGUAACCGAAACAACUGCCAAGAUAGCGGACUUUGGAGUUGCGACGGCGUUCGUCCCGACCGACAGCCCCUCAGUGCUCGGUCUCUUUGGCAAUGUCUUCUACGCGGCUCCCGAAGUGCUCCGUGGUGAGGGCUUCUUCCCGGCUUCGGACGUGUGGUCUUUCGGCGUUGCCUUCUGGGAGGCCCUAACAGGACAGAUGGCUUUUGACGGCCUCUCUGCAGGCUAUGUCUACGUGCACGUCGCGGCAGGAGAUUUGCGUCUAGCGCCUCCCUCCGAUCUGCUGCCUGGCCUUCGGCUGCUGCUGCAGCAAAUGCUGCACCCCAGCCACAAAGAAAGGCCGACUUUUACAGAUAUUAGGCGAGAGCUUGCGGCCCUUCAGGAGAAGACGAUCUCUGCCAUUGAAGAGGACUUGGACGAAUUUUUCUCUUACUAG